CAACACCACAUAACAGAGAUAACAAAACACUGAUUUUCCCUCAAAUAAUUGAUGAUUCUCCCUGGAAAUGUCUCGGUCUACGUCUGUGUCUCUACUUGUGAAAGAGGGUAAUUUUCACGCGAUGUCUACUUCUCCACCCUCGUGUUUCUACUUACAUGUGUCUAUGCCAGGCGGUUCUGCUCAUGUAGGUCUAUGUGAGAGCGGCUCCGCAGUGACCCGGAUGUAGUUAGCCGUCAGUUAGCAUUAGCUGUGCGGUUCACGCUGUGGUGAAAAAGCGAUUAAAAAACAGAACAAAAUGUCAGAGCAGACCGUGACUGUGACCGUCACAUACGGAUCGGUGAAGCACAGUGUGUCGGUGUCCGGCCCGGCUGGAGCUGCAGCAGAACCCACCGUUAAAGACCUGUCAGAUGCUCUCACUCAGCUCACUGGAGUCCCGGGCGCCUCGCAGAAAAUCAUCUUCAAAGGGAAGUCUCUGAAGGACAUGGACGAGAGUCUGUCCAGCUUUGGAGUGAAAGACGGCUGCAAACUCAUGAUGAUAGGAAAGCGGAACAGUCCCGAGGAGGAGGCCGAGCUGAAGAAGCUGAAAGACAUCGAGAAGUCCGUGGAGCAGACGGUGAAGAAGCUGGAGAAGGUGGACGGGGAGCUGACUGGACUGAAGAACGGGUUCCUGGCUAAAGACCUCCAGGCUCAGGCUCUGGAUAAACUGGACAACCGGGUGAAAGCGGCGGCGGAGCAGUUCAUCAGGAUCCUGGAGCAGAUCGACGCUAUGACUGUCCCGGAAAACUUCAGCGACUGCAGAAUGAAGAAAAAGGGGCUGGUGAAGACGGUGCAGGACUUCCUGGCCCGGUGCGACAAGAUCGAGGCCUGCAUAUCCGAGCACCUGUCCAAGAUCCAGUCCAAGAACCUGGCCCUGGCAGACUGACGCUCCUCCGCCGGCGCUGCUGUGGGAGCAGCAGCUGUGUGUCAGGCACUUCCUGCUUCCUGUACGACGGCAGGAUCUUCAGGUGACGCUCACAGGCGAAGUCUGGACGGAGCAGAGGGAACCGCUCCAGCCCCUCUAUGAACAAACGUCACGGACACUCAGAAUUCUGCUCAUGUGUCUGGAGAGCAGAAAUCAGCUGUUUCCCUCCAAUCACACACUGUGUGUGUGUGUGUGUGUGUGUGUGUGUGUGUGUGUGUGUGUGUGUGUGUGUGUGUGUGUGUGUGUGGAUUUUAACUGAAGGUAAUAAAGAUGUGUAAU